AUGCAAUCUAUUGUAAAAAAAGAUUUGGAUUUACCAACAUUAAGAAAUGAAUCAAGUAAUGUUAAAGGAUUAUCACAUCCAGUUGAAAGUAUUCAAUUAGAUCAAGGUAAAACAGAAAUAAAAUUAAAAAAUUUUGCAAUGAAAAAUGUUUUUGGUACACAUAUGGUUAUGAAUAAUGAAAUUGAAAAACAAAUUUAUUCACAAUUUAAAAGAUUACCAACUUUACAAAGUUCAAUGGUUGGUUUAGAAACAAUUUUAGGUUUAGAUGAAGAUUUCGAUUUUGGUGAUUAUCUUUGUGAUCCAGCCACAUCAGAAGCACCAUUACCACAAUUACAUACAUCUAUGGAGCAUAGACUUGGUAUGACUAGUUCCAAGAGUAUUUUAUAG